AUAGCGCUCAUUCGGAAUCCAUUCCUGUCCUUCCUUUCCCUCCCCUCUCCUGCCACCGCCUCCUCAAGCAACAAAUGGGGGAAUUUACGCCAAAAGCGAUUUAUCCAGGCCAGUGCGUUUGCCCUACCGGCGAUGAGUUCAUCGAGUGGAUUCGCCAGGAGGUUCACUCUUUCGGCGGAGGCAGCACAUACCUGGACCUCGACUUAUUCAGCGUGGCAAAAGACAUCCUCUCGGGCACCGCUGUGGAGAGAAACAUCGUAGCGUUAAACGCCGUUAUCUCUUGGCGCACGAGAAAACAAAACGAGAUUAUGGAUCUGGUAAAAAAGCUAGUCGAGCGGGAAAUAAUCCCCGAAUCGGUCGUGAAUUCACCGAUCCAGCUAUUGCCUAUCUCUAAGGCAGCGUUCCAAAACCGGCUGGUCGUGACUAAACUCGUUCCCGAGUUACUUACCAUGUUUGAAAUCCCCGACACGGAGGACGAGCUACAAACCAAGUUCAAUGCACCGCUCUACUGGUUUGCCAUUGUCCUGUCCAGGGCGAGGCACGAGAUGCCGUUCAUGUGCGAUUUGAAGAAGGUGGUGAGCGCGCUUGGGGAUCUUGGGAUAGCGAAAGUGCCGACUCAGUGGGAGAAAGAUGAGUGGAUUUCAAAGAUAACGGCAGAUACGGAGUUGGAGGCAGAGACUCUAUACCUCGGCGAGGACGAGGUAACCAAAGACUUGGUAAAGCUGAAACCUUUUUUCGGGUGGAGGUUGCCGCCGUACGAUGUUUGCGAAGUCACUAAGAAUACUGGGCCGGAGGCAGAGGCAGUGGUGGUGCUUACGGAGGACCUGGAUGGUGGUGAUGAGCUUGGGGAUUUGGCGGUGGUGGGGUUUCCCCGUCUUGAGGAUGGGAAAGAAAGAGGAGGGGAAGGAGGGGGGGAAGGAAGAACGCAAGGAGGAGUGAUAACAAGGGGUGCGCUGAGGGAUAUCGGGCUGGUUAUUUCUCUGAUCAUGCUCUGCAUCUUGCUCGGUGGGGUUGAGAUGCCAAUGACUCCCUGGCAGGGAAUUGGGGGGAUGGUGGGCAGGGUGCGGCACUGGACGAACUCUGUCGGUGGGGAGAUAUUGAUGUUAGCAUCGACGCCAGAGUAGACGCGUUACUCGUUUCAUUUCGAUCCUAUUUCUUUUGUGAUGCCUUUCUUGUUUCUUCUGUGAUGCCGUUCCUAUUUGGAGAUAGGUAUAGCAUAGCGACGAGGAGUUUAGCAAGGUGGAUGUGUGAGAGCAGGGUUUAGCAUAUUGGUUUGAUUCCUUUUAAUAUUUGAAGUAUGUUACCAGGAAUGCUUUCUCUGAAGCUACUGUUUGCAAUAAAAUCGUAACAGCUAUAUCCCACUGGCUCAUGAAAACGUAGCAUUAGGAUGCUGUUCUGAUGCGGUGUAGUGUAACACAUGAAAAGAUAUCGAAAACGGCUAGGGAGUGGGUUAAAAAAAUGCUUUUGAUACCGCUCACUCCCACUAUCGGUCCAUUUUUUGCCAGAUUUCAACUACGUCUUAUUAGCUUCCACCUAAAUUUAGGAUACCUACUCUAGUAAGACCAGCGAUGCCCAAAAAUCGAAGCGAUCAGAU